UUUUACUAGAGUCGAGCAGCAUCAAUUCCACGUCCAAAACCUAGUGAGAAUGAUUUUGAGACAAUUAAAUUGAUCAGUAAUGGAGCAUAUGGAGCAGUGUAUCUUGUCCGACACACAGAAACAAGGCAGCGAUUUGCCAUGAAGAAGGUUAACAAACACAACCUGAUCCUCAGAAAUCAAAUCCAGCAGGUCUUUGUUGAGCGUGACAUCCUGACCUUCGCUGAGAAUCCGUUUGUUGUCAGUAUGUACUGUUCCUUCGAGACCAGGCGCCACCUCUGCAUGGUGAUGGAGUAUGUGGAAGGUGGCGAUUGUGCUAAUCUUCUGAGGAAUAUCGGUCCCCUGCCAGUUGACAUGACCAGGAUGUACUUUGCAGAAACAGUUCUGGCGUUGGAAUAUCUCCAUAAUUAUGGCAUUGUGCAUCGGGACCUCAAACCAGACAACCUGUUAAUCACCUCAAUGGGCCACAUCAAGCUGACUGACUUUGGCCUAUCGAGGAUUGGACUCAUGAACAUGACGGCCAACUUGUAUGAGGACCACAUCGAGAAGGACACCAGGGAAUUCAUUGAUAAACAGGUUUGUGGAACACCAGAAUAUAUUGCCCCAGAGGUGAUCCUCAGACAGGGAUAUGGAAAGCCUGUGGAUUGGUGGGCCAUGGGAGUCAUUCUGUUUGAGUUUCUUGUUGGUUGUGCUCCAUUCUUUGGAGAGACUCCAGAAGAGCUUUUUGGACAAGUGGUUAAUGAUGAAAUGAUAUGGCCAGAAGGAGAGGAAAUUCUUCCUGCAGAAGCCCAGGAUCUCAUCAGCAGGCUGUUAAAGCAGAAUCCUCGAGAUCGCCUGGGGACUGGAGGAGCCCAUGAGGUGAAACAACACAAUUUCUUCACUCAACUGGACUGGAGUGGAUUAUUGCGUCAGAAAGCAGAGUUCAUUCCUCAACUCGAGUCUGAGGAUGACACCAGCUACUUCGAUACACGCUCGGAGAAAUAUCAACAUUUGGCAUCAGAAGAGGAUGAAGACACAAAUGAUGAAGAGUCGUCUGUGGAGAUCAGACAGUUUUCAUCCUGUUCGCACCGGUUCAGUAAG